GAAGAUAUAAUGGUAAAAAGAGGAAUUUUCUUUCCUCUUGAUCCCAAAUCCCACGAGCCUUUCUUACUGGUACUAAGAAUCCCGAGCGUCAAAGAAUCUGGUUUUUCCUCUCCGUUUGCCCGUCUGCGAGUUUCUUCCUUCUCACAACAUUCUACUUCUUUCCUAGUAACAGCAAAAGUAGUUCACGGAGUCCCUUCAUCUCAGGAAAACAUAUCAUUCCUCUAUUACUUUAGUCGGCCCUGUGUGGGUGUACUGUGUACUAAGAAAACAUUUCUUCUCUUCUGAAAACUUGGAUCAAUGGAGCAUGACAGGUUAAAUUCUCCAAGCACCUCUUCAAUUAUUCUUGAAAUCCUCGGCCAUCAACUGCAAUUCUCUCAGGAUCCAAAUUCAAAGCAUUUAGGAACUACAGUUUGGGAUGCAUCAAUGGUGUUUGUUAAAUUUCUGGAAAAGAAUUGCAGAAAGGGACGGUUUUGCCCAUCCAAACUGAAGGGAAAGCGUGUUAUUGAACUUGGAGCAGGUUGUGGAGUUGCUGGAUUUGGGAUGGCACUGUUAGGUUGUGAGGUUGUUGCAACAGACCAAAUAGAGGUUGUGCCAUUGCUAACGAGAAAUGUAGAGCGUAAUACAUCAAGAAUCACGCAGAUGGAUGCUAAUUCAGAGUCAUUCGGUUCAAUCAAGGCUGCAGAACUGGACUGGGGAAACCAGGAUCAUAUAAGGGCUGUUGAUCCACCAUUCGACUACAUCAUUGGCACAGAUGUUGUUUACGCAGAGCAUCUCUUGGAACCACUGUUGCAGACAGUAUUUGCUUUGUCUGGACCCAAAACCACAAUUUUGAUGGGGUAUGAGAUCCGUUCUACAAGUGUUCAUGAGCAGAUGCUUGAUAUGUGGAAAAGAAACUUUGAAGUGAAAAUCGUUCCAAAGGCUAAGAUGGACAGUAAGUACCAGCAUCCAAGCAUCCAACUUUACAUCAUGGGAUUAAAGCCUCCAUCUGGGAGUAUAGAAAACAUGACUCAUAAGAUUGAUCAGCAAGCUGAUGAAGUUGAAACUGGAAGUGAAAUACCAAAAGAUGACAAUGGUGGGAAUAGUAAUAACAUGAAUAACACGGAUUAUUGCAAUAAUGAAAAAGCUCAAGAAGAUUGUGAACUAGCGAUAAAGUUUCCAAAAGCAAAACUUACUGACUGGGAAGCAAGAAGGCUUGGCUCAAUGGCUGCUCGGCUUCUUCGAGAUGUCAAGAUAACAUAAACUUUCAGCUCUGGCAUUUGCGAUUUAUCAUUUGUAAUUAGCAGUUUGCAUGGGAUCUAAAUGCUUUGCUUUCAUUGAAUUUAUUAUCAGUGUCUAAACGCCUGACUUCAAAUUUUGUGGAUGCAUUGGAACAAGACCGGAUAUGAAUGAUACAGCAUAUGCUGCUUCCAAUUUGAAGUAAAUAUUCAGGCCAUUGGCACUGAAGAACUCCUUAUUCUAGUUCUGUUUGGAUCAAAACAAGCAAGGUGGGAGCCUGGAGGGUACCAUCUGGUUUAUGGAAACUUAGACCGAUGAAAUGGAUCCUUGGGAAAUAGAUCUGAACAAUGGACAUUGAAAUGGAGGGGGUGCCAGCAACUGAGCAUGCUGAAAGUAUCGUAGUCAUUGCAAUUGCAUGAUAAACACAAGUGAGUCCUGACAAGCGAAGCUGACUUUCAACAGUUGCAGCAGAUAUUUAAGAACUUUCAAUUAUGCAUGUGAACAGCAUAUGAAAAGCUUAUAAUUUGUUUUCUGGCUGUAUUGCUCC